AAUUUACUUUUAUACUACAUACUUGAACAUGCACAUAACCAUAUAUUUAUUUGUUCGUACAUAUAUUCUGAAAAUCUUACAAUGCAAUCCUCUCCUGCUAAAUUCCUCAAUUGUCUUAGUCCUCGUCGAGAUGUUAAAACAGCAGCCCGUUUUGCUAAUAGCAAAUGUAAAAGAAUGUUUUCAAAACAUGUCAUAAGCCAGAUAAUAAACAGCCGGAUUUCGGGAAGAGUAUGGUUGAGGCUGCCAAAAUUCAGCUGCCACCCGUGGAACCAUUGUUUAAAAGCUACUACUUAGGUAGACGUUCUCGUGCGCACGCUCCGUACUUAGAACCCAGAAAAUCGGGGACUUGUGGAAGCAACUCCUAAAAGGUUGCCUUGCGUCAUCAAAUGGCGCCGGAAGCUGUUGCUCCUUGGAGACGAGACGCGCGAAGGCGGGCGCGGUCUGUCAAGACGAAGCUGUCUUAAAUCGACUGUGCCGGUUCUUCCCUUCCGACGAAAGUGGUUGAGGCAGGUUGCCGUAAGAAUUAGGAUCCUGGCUCAUUGCUGGGGCCAGGAAACAGGACUCGGCGUUGGGGUUAAUCUGUGUGGAGCUCCGCACCUGCAGAACGGAGCUCUUCUAACGGCGCUAAGGCGGGCGUGACCGCUCUUCGUUUGCCCUGCUAUCUGCCUGAACGGGGGAGUUGUCUUCGGCAACAAGAGCUGGAUUUUUCACUUGCUGCACUUCCCGGAGAGGUCCAUGAUAAGCGUGCGUGGAGGAAGGAAGCGAAAGGCGGAGGGCGGCAGAAGAGCAGCCCUUUUUUCGAAUCGGCUCUGGGCUGUGCGCGCGGGGAAGAGCAAGAUAAGGAGCAAUGGAAACUGUCCCAGGUUCUUCUGUUGAACAGCAAGGCUCUGACAUUGACUCUGACACAGAGAGCAAAAUAGAUCCAGAUACCCAAGCCCUGGAAUAUGUGGAGCGUGUUCUUGGAACUUCAAAUCAGUCCAGGCAAGCAACCCAGUGUCUGCCUCCAGAGUCUCUCUCAAUAGGUGGUGGUAGAGUCCGAACAUCAGACCUCAAAUCACCUCUAGAACUGAAAAAAUCUAUUGUUGAAGAAACUGUUUCAGGGCUGUUAUCUCUUCCUCUAGAGUUGAUUUUAGAAAUCUGUUCCUACCUGCAAGCCAGGUUUGUUUUGCAUGUCCUUCCUUUAGUCUGCAAGACACUGAGGGACAUUGUUCAAGAUGAAGUCACUUGGAGAAUUCGACUUUUAAAAAGAAUUGGCAAUUGCUAUCCAGUUGUAGAAGGUAAUGAUUUUAAUUGGCCAACAGCUUGCAUUGAACUAGAAGAACACCUCCAACAAUGGGCAGAUAGUGGCAAAAACACAGAGUAUUUUUCCCUUACUGAAGGGCACUUUGCUUCUGUUGAUUCUGUAUUGCUCCUUCAGGGUGGGGAGUUGUGCAUUUCUGGCUCUCGAGACCGAAAUGUCAACUUGUGGGAUCUAAAGCAGCUGGGCAAAGCACCAGAAAAAGUUCUAGUGAAAGCACUGGGGACAGAGCGCAGUGGAACACACAAGGGAUGGGUUUGGUCUCUGGCUUCACAUGAUAACCGUGUAUGUUCAGGCUCCUGGGACAGCACAGUGAAGUUAUGGGAUAUAGCUGCUGACGGAAAACAAUUUGGAGAAAUCAGUGAGAAAGCAGCUGUAUUGUGCCUUUCUUAUUUGCCUGACAUUCUGGUCACAGGAACAUAUGACAAGAAAGUGUCAGUCUAUGAUCCACGAGCUGCUUGUGCCCCAGUGAUGAGCCGCAGGCUUCACUCCAAUGCAGUCCUAUCCCUUGCAGCUGACGAACACUUCAUUAUCUCUGGCAGUGAGGAUCGAACGCUGGUCUGUUUUGACAGGAGGACCAAUAGUGUGCUUCAAAGGCUUCAGCUGGACACAUACCUAUUUUCCAUGUCAUACCAGGGUUCUCAACUAUGGGCUGGAGACAAUCAUGGAAUGCUGUAUGUCUUUGAGAACAAUGGAGGGCAUUUCCAGCACAUUCGGUAUUUUGAUGUAGGUCAUCGCUCUCAGAUCACUGGAGUGCAACACUCAUUGGGUGCACUGUAUACAACUUCCACUGACAAGACACUCCGUAUCCAUGUUCCUACAGAUCCACCAAAGGUCAUCUGCUCACAGACCCACAGCUAUGUGCUAAAUGGGAUAUGGCUGUAUGGGCUGAGAAAUUCUGGGAGUUGAAGCCUACAGGACUUAAAGUUGCAAAGUUUGGAUGCUCCCGUUCUAAGCUAAAACCACCACCAUUGGAAUCUUUGCUUCUACUCUCUUGUCUUCAACUCUUCAACGAUCUUGUAUUCUUUUGAAUGCUUUUAGCAUGUACAUAUCAAAAUAACUGCCUGGAAAUAGCAUUUACUGGAGGUGUAAACAGAAGAUCUAUAUCCUUAUAAUUAACUAUACUUUUCUUGCUCUUGUUUACUUCAUCUGUCUGGCGUUAAAAUGAAGAGUCAAGUUAAAGGACCUGAAUUAGGUGUGGUUUUCUACUCUCUACAAAAUCUUAAGACUGAAAUUAGUUUUCAUGUUACAAGACUCUUAGUCAAGUUGACUUCAAAAGGCCCAUUGCUCCUCAGCACAUUUGUCAUUAGCUUAUAUUAUGUGAAUCAUAGUGCAGCACUAGGGGGCCAAAGCACUGAGAUAACCUGAAACCAGUCCUUCCAGAUGAUACUGAUUACUAGUUAUAUCACUGUUCUCCUCCAUGCUGCUCCAAGAGUCCAGGAAUGGGUACGAUUCCUCCCUCUGACAUCAUCUGAUUACUAGUUAUAUCACUGUUCUUUGCCAUUUUCUUGACAUGAGAAACUGAAUGCGUUGAUUUCACCCGAUUUCUUUGCUUAAUCUGACUACUCCGAGACACCAAAACAAACCACAUAGAAGUUCUGCCACCAUGACAAUGCAAUGGAAGGAAUAAUUUCAAAUUAAUUGAAUGCCUGGUGUCCCUGCCACACCUACUAUCUUGUAUUCCAACUAAUCCUUCGUGUAUCAUGCACUAAGUCAGCAAAAGACAGUUUUGGUUUCCAAACCUGUAAAGUCAGUUUAAACAAUAUAGGAGAACACAUGAUCCCACAGGAUAUUAUGCAAUGACUAAAUUGCUCAGUUGAGAAGAUCUGAUUUCAUGCCAUCCCUCUAUUCAGCUGUCUACUAGGAUUUAUAAGAACCAAUCUAUGACAUUAGCUGUACAAAUUAAGUAGAAUAUGAGCAACCCAAAGAUUGUUCCUUACAUAACUAUGAAGCUUAUUUAAGCAAGUAACCAUUUUUAAAAAAUGUAGAGUUGGAAAAGAUGCUCCAUAUUAAAAAAAUUCAAGAGAACAGCUUUAGAGGGCAUUUAAUAUUUUCUACACAGUAGUCUGAUUUUUAUGAGAGCCAGUUUGGUGUAGGUUAAGGUAUCUGUCUAGAACCCAAGAGACUAUGAGUUCUAGUCCUGUCUGAAACACAAAGGCAAACUGACCUUGGCCUAGUAACUUUCAUUCAGGCCUAGGAAAGAAGCAGUGGCAAACCUUGUCAAGAAAAUACAGGGACUUCUCUAGGCAGUGUCCAAUCUUGGACAUGAUUGAACAGAAGAAAAAAAAAUGUUAUUUAUGAAAAAAGACAACUACAAAGUGGAAUUUUCUUUCUCACCCAGAAAACCACAGUUGAUUGCUGCAUUUUAUUCAUCAUUUUAUCAGGAGUAAAAAGUAUAAAUUUUAUUUUUCUGUUAAGGUAUCAAGAUGUAGUAGUGUUGCAAUGUUGAUGCAAUGUAUACUUUUGCACUUUGCAGGUUUAUUCCUAUUGGUUUUCCUCAAUUGGUGCCUUUUGGAUUAGCUAUGCUAUCUGGGGAUGGUAAUGGCUGUAAAUCCAAUGGAUUUCAAAGGCAUGAAAUUAAGGAAGUCUGAAUGUUUGAUACUUGAGGUCUUUUUUUAAUUACAGCAACCACAAUAACCGAAACAGAAAUGCCUUACUGACCUUAAGUUGGUGGACUGGUUUCUUUAAAAUCAGUUUUUUCUAAUUACUUUUCGAACAGCAGAGAGUGGCAUGAAUAUGAGAUCUUAAUACCUCAAUAAGAACGCAUCUAUUUCUUAUAAUUUCAUUUUUAUUUCUAUAGAAAAGCAUAUUGGAUCUGAACAACAAAAGCAGAAAGAACCCAAAUUCAACAUAUUUUAAUGCCGAGGGAACCUAGGGAAAGAGAUCUGUCUUCUCAAAGGCAUAUUGAAUAUGUCCCAAUAGUUCAAACGAAUUAAGCAUGAGUGGACUGCUAAAACAUACUUUUAAAUGAAAGUAGCCAGAGGAGGAAAUACCUCUGGAUGCUAUGUGAUACAUUCCCACAAUAA